AUGCUACCUGGCUCGGGUGUGCUAUCUUAUUCUGAUGCUCCUUCACGUCAGGGAGGAAGCUUGGCCCCUGGGGCACCUAUUGGUGUACCUCCAGGCCAAACGGAUACAUCUCAGGGCUCUCGCUCUCGCGCUGGAGGACAAGAACAGUCCAGCGGAGGCGAACUGCCGCUUUCCGGUGGCGCACAUUUCGAAUGCCCACGUCGACCAAACCACGGUCUCGAAGGACGUUCCAUUCUGCUGCGAGCAAACCAUUUCGCAGUGCGCAUGCCAGGUGGUACCAUACAGCAUUAUCACGUUGAUGUAUCACCAGACAAAUGUCCACGAAGAGUAAAUCGGGAGAUUAUUUGCUGCAUGAUCCGCUCUUUUGGCAAGUACUUCAGUACAAGUAGACCAGUUUAUGAUGGAAAGAGGAAUAUGUACACCCGGGAACCGUUGCCGAUCGGACGAGAAAAGAUGGAGUUUGAGGUGACUCUUCCUGGUGACUCGGCAGUGGAGCGUCAGUUUACUGUGACUGUGAAAUGGGCAGGCCAAGUUUCGUUGUCAACAUUAGAGGAUGCAAUGGAGGGGCGCAUACGUCAAGUACCAUUCGAAGCCGUUCAGGCUAUGGAUGUUAUUUUGAGACAUCUUCCCAGCCUUAAGUACACACCUGUGGGGAGGUCGUUCUUCUCACCACCGUAUCACAUGGAAAGUAAACUGGGUGGUGGACGUGAAGUUUGGUUUGGAUUCCAUCAAUCAGUUCGGCCAUCGCAGUGGAAAAUGAUGCUUAACAUUGAUGUGUCUGCAACGGCAUUCUAUCGAUCCAUGCCCGUCAUAGAGUUCGUCGCAGAAGUUUUGGAGCUUCCCGUGCAGGCUCUUACUGAACGGCGUGCGUUGUCCGAUGCGCAACGUGUGAAGUUCACCAAGGAGAUUCGCGGUCUGAAAAUUGAAAUCACUCAUUGUGGGCAAAUGCGCCGAAAGUAUCGCGUCUGCAAUGUGACCAGAAGACCUGCACAAACGCAAACCUUUCCGCUGCAACUGGAGACAGGUCAGACGAUUGAAUGCACAGUGGCGAAGUAUUUCUAUGACAAAUAUCGCAUUCAGCUGAAGUAUCCACAUCUUCCAUGCCUUCAGGUUGGACAAGAACAGAAGCAUACAUAUUUGCCACCAGAAGUAUGUCACGUAGUGCCAGGGCAACGAUGCAUCAAGAAAUUAACUGAUACACAAACGUCGACCAUGAUCAAGGCUACGGCUCGUUCUGCUCCUGAAAGAGAGCGUGAAAUCGCAAGUCUUGUAAGAAAAGCCGAGUUUUCCGCGGAUCCAUUUGCCCAUGAGUUUGGUAUUGCUAUCAACUCGGCUAUGACCGAAGUGAAAGGCCGUGUUCUGUCUGCGCCAAAGUUGCAGUAUGGCGGUCGUAACAAAGCGACAGCUCUGCCAAAUCAGGGAGUGUGGGAUAUGCGUGGCAAGCAGUUCCACACUGGAAUUGAUGUGAAGGUGUGGGCAAUUGCCUGCUUUGCGCAACAGCAACACGUCAAGGAGAAUGAUCUGCGUAACUUCACAGCUCAGUUACAACGUAUAUCUAACGAUGCGGGUAUGCCAAUUGUUGGACAGCCUUGCUUCUGCAAGUAUGCCAUGGGAGUCGAUCAAGUUGAGCCGAUGUUCAAAUACUUGAAGCAAACCUUCUCGGGCAUUCAACUUGUAGUUGUUAUUCUGCCCGGCAAAACACCCGUAUAUGCGUGUAGGCGAUACAGUGCUUGGAAUCGCAACACAAUGCGUCCAAAUGAACGUGAAGUUGGGUGGUGUGAACAGCAUUUUGCUCCCGUGAUAUUCUUUGGCUGUGAUAUCACACAUCCUCCAGCCGGAGACUCACGUAAGCCGUCUAUCGCGGCCGUUGUAGCCAGCAUGGAUGCACAUCCGAGCAGAUACGCGGCCACGGUUCGAGUGCAGCAGCACCGUCAAGAAAUCAUUUCGGACUUGACGUACAUGGUUCGAGAGCUGCUUGUACAGUUCUAUCGUAACACACGUUUCAAACCCAGGUUCUGCAGUACGAGCUGCGUGCAAUGCGUGAGGCCUUUCAAAAACGACAUCACACACGACCAAGUUGGCAAAGCUUUCAAUAUUCCACCGGGUACAACUGUUGAUGUCGGCAUUACUCAUCCUACGGAGUUUGAUUUUUACCUCUGCUCACAUGCGGGUAUUCAAGGAACAUCUCGUCCAUCGCACUAUCAUGUGCUAUGGGAUGAUAACCAGCUUACUGCUGACGAGCUUCAGCAGCUUACUUAUCAGAUGUGCCACACAUAUGUGCGAUGUACACGUUCGGUUUCGAUACCAGCACCCGCCUAUUAUGCCCAUCUGGUAGCUUUCCGAGCUCGGUAUCAUCUUGUAGACAGGGAACACGACUCAGGAGAAGGCAGUCAGCCAUCGGGAACCUCAGAAGACACUACACUUUCCAACAUGGCCAGAGCCGUACAGGUGCAUCCUGAUGCAAAUAACGUGAUGUAUUUUGCGUAA